UAUGCUUGUUUAAUGCCUGCUAGUCACAGGAUGCAGGGGGUGUGGUGUAAAAUUUGGUUUCAAAAUUUGAUGACGUGAGACGAUUUACAGAAGUGUGCUGAUUUGCUCAUUAAGGAACCUGUAGAAGCACGAAGAGGCACCACAAUGCUGAGAUUCUCUGUGUGGCUCUCAUUUGGAGCCCUUGUCACCUCUAAACUCACAUGUCCUGACAAAAGCACCUGCUCUGACCACACAACCUGCUGUGAGACCGAGCAGGGAUACAGCUGCUGUGCAUACCCUAAAGCUGUGUGUUGCCCCGACUUGGCCCACUGCUGCCCUCAAGGUUUUCACUGCAACCUGACCACUCAACAGUGUGAGCGAGGCACUAACUCAUGGAAGAACCCACCAUUACUUACAAGAAAAGCUGCUUCGGAGCCCCAGGCCACCCCACUUCUACCAGUGUAUCGCCCCAAUAACCUGAAAAAGACGCCUGUAGUAGAGGCCAGUGGUAGCGGGCAGGAGGUUGAAGUCAUUCGCUGCAAUUCUAAGUUCUACUGCCCGAAAGGCACAUCUUGCUGCAAAGGACUUUCAUCAGGCUCUUGGAAUUGCUGUCCCUACCCGCUGGGCCAGUGUUGUAUGGAUGGUCAGCACUGCUGCGAAUAUGGAUACACAUGCAACAUCUCCCCUUUGUCGUGCAAACCAAGAAACCCCAUGACUCCACCAGCAAUGCAGGAAAAUGCUCAAAAUGACUAACGCUUUAUUUCUUUUCUACAAUUAUUUCUUGGCCUUUCUAAUAACCUUCAUGAAGCAUUUGAUGUAUUUAAAAAAAGGUGUUUUGUCUCUA